UUUUUUUACUAUGACUCUUCCCAUCCCACAUUGUUCCUCAAAGGCCCUUCUACCAUAAGGAUUCAAAAAAUUGCCGCCCUCCCCCCCGAAUCCCCAUAUACCCACCAACACUUCACCCACCCAUCCACCACCAGCUCCCCGGAGCUGCUACGCAGCUGGCUGGGAAAGAAAAGGGAGAGUGCUCCGCCGGGAGCGGGGAGCGAGAAGGGUGGCGUCUCCAGGGAUUUAACCUCCUACCCUCAGUUCCAUGACGCCACCCCCUCCCUCCAAAGACUGGAACAGCGCCUCCAUUUUUGUUUUGGGGAGGAAGGGCAGGGGCUUGCGGAUAGAAGGGGGUCAAAGGAACGGUGAUUAUCACCUGUGAGGGGAAAGAGGGUGCUGUCCUCCCUCCUUCCCUUUCCCUCAGCCUGCACCCCCUGCAACCCCCAACCUUUCGGGGUCUCCCCCCCUCCUUGUUGCUAAGGCCCGGACCGUCAUCCCAGCAACAGCCUCAGUCAUGUGACCGGCAAUGGCGGCGCUGACGAGAGCUGCAUUUGGAAGUGUUGUGGGUACAGCCUGGUAGCCCAAUGCGACCAGACUCAGGGGAAACAUCAGGCCCCUCCAGCUGAGCCCUUGUGUGAGCCCCGCCCCUCCCUAAAUGCCAGACUUAGGAGCUGACAGACAGCCCUGCCUGUGCUGAGUUUAAAAGUCCUGGUCAGCUGAGUGGAAAUAGAAGGAUUUCUGCUGCCAUCAUCUUCCAUGAGCUUCCCAGCUCACACGACCUACAAGUAGGGAGCAGGGAAAAAAGAGUGAGCCUGCAUGCCAAUUCUAAGCUCUUCAGGAUCAAAUGUCGUUCGUCCUGUCCAGAAUGGCAGCCUGUGGAGGCACCUGCAAGAACAAAGUGACUGUCUCCAAGCCUGUGUGGGACUUCCUGAGCAAAGAGACCCCAGCCCGGCUGGCCCGGCUUCGGGAGGAGCAUCGUGUGUCCAUCCUCAUAGAUGGCGAGACUUCUGACAUCUAUGUUCUCCAGCUUUCCCCACAGGGCCCUCCCCCGGCCCCUCCCAAUGGGCUCUACCUAGCCCGGAAGGCUCUUAAGGGGCUGCUAAAAGAGGCAGAGAAAGAGCUGAAGAAAGCUCAGAGGCAGGGGGAGCUGAUGGGCUGCCUGGCUCUGGGGGGUGGAGGGGAGCACCCUGAGAUGCACCGCGCAGGCCCACCCCCUCUCCGAGCAGCCCCACUUCUGCCCCCAGGGGCUCGGGGGCUCCCCCCUCCUCCUCCCCCCCUGCCCCCACCUCUUCCUCCUCGCCUUCGGGAGGAGGCAGAAGAGCAGGAGAGCACCUGUCCCAUCUGUCUGGGGGAGAUCCAGAAUGCCAAGACAUUGGAGAAGUGCCGGCAUUCAUUCUGCGAGGGCUGCAUCACCCGGGCUCUGCAGGUGAAAAAGGCCUGCCCCAUGUGCGGCCGCUUCUAUGGGCAGCUGGUGGGCAACCAGCCCCAGAAUGGGCGGAUGCUGGUCUCUAAGGACGCCACCCUCCUACUACCCAGCUAUGAGAAGUAUGGCACCAUUGUCAUCCAGUACGUCUUCCCGCCCGGUGUCCAGGGGGCUGAACACCCAAACCCAGGAGUUCGGUAUCCUGGCACCACACGGGUGGCCUACCUCCCGGACUGCCCUGAGGGCAACAAGGUGCUGACCCUGUUCCGCAAGGCGUUUGACCAGCGUCUCACCUUCACUAUCGGCACGUCCAUGACCACAGGGAGACCGAAUGUCAUCACCUGGAAUGACAUCCACCACAAGACCAGCUGCACAGGGGGACCCCAGCUGUUUGGGUACCCAGACCCUACCUACCUGACCCGGGUGCAAGAGGAGCUGAGAGCGAAGGGUAUCACAGAUGACUGAAGGACAUCGCCUUUGCCAAGGCCCCUGCUGUCCACCUCUACUAGGACCCAGCAGAAGCCUCUUUCUCCUCUCUGCCCCCCGCCCCCCACAACACACCUGUAGGGGACCUGUCUGACUGGGAAGGGCGUUCUGAGAGGGAGGGGGCAAUCCCUUCCCCCAUCCCCCACCGGCCAAGUGUUUCAAUGCAGUGUGAGCCACUCCCUUCUGGCAGAAGCCGACCUCCAAGGCUCUGUUCUCCGCUCCCGGUGUACAUAUACUCCCGGUUUCCCUGCCUCUCCAAUGCCCUUGGCUUUUUCUGGUGUGCUGUGCUCCAUGACCAAGCCGAGAAAGGACCUAGGGUGGGGAAGGGAGGGUCUCUUGAUUCCCAACUGCCCCCACAUACUGCUUCACCGCUGAACUUAGGGUGCUGGAGAGGAGGAAUUGGGCUGAUAUGAGCUCCCCACCACCCCCCAUGGAGCCGGCUGUGUGUGUUCAUCAGAUACAGUUCUCCCUUAACCUUGUCCUUUCUUUCCUGUGUCCCAGUCUCCGUCAGUCUGUCUUUCUCCGCUCUUCUCUGACCCCUGUGAGGAACCUCCUUACCCUGUUCUGGAAUCGCUGCCAGACUGUAGCUUUUAAUUUAAUAAAAAUAAAGUAAAAUAUGCAACUCUU